AUGUACUCUUUGAUUCUUUUCGGUCUGGUGGCGUCGGUUUCUGCCAACGUCUACCACAACGCGCAAUGCCCGCUCGUUAAACCCGUGGAGAACUUUAAUUUGGAAGCAUACGGAAAUGGAGUAUGGUUCGAGAUCGCGAGGUUGCCCAACGAUGCUGAGAAGGGCGCGCAGUGUGGUUCUACUGAAUACUCCCUCCAAGGCGACACCAUCCAGAUCAAAAGCUACCAUGUCGCCAACGGAAGACUGGCUUCGAUCGACGGCAGCGCCAGGCUAGCACUCCCAAGCACUAGCCAAGGAAAAAUGAUUUUCACACUCCCUUAUGGCGUGGCUGGCGCUAAGAACGAAUACAUUGGCUGGAUCCUCGACACUGACUAUGUGAACUACGCCAUUGUCUACCACUGUAAAUACAAUGCCGAGAAGAAGGUCCGUCAAGACUUCGCCUGGAUUCUCUCAAGGUCCAAGACUUUGGACGCCAGUACAAAGGCUAAGAUUGACAAGUUCAUAGGGGAGUGUACGUUCCUUGACAGCAGCAAAUUCAUUUACAACGACUUCUCCGAGUCAGCCUGCAGGGUCCAGUCAAGUAUCACAAUGUUCGCUUUCGUCUUCCUCACCAUUGUGGCUGCGGCCAUCGCCUCCGACGUCCAUGUCCACGUAGACUCGGGCUGUCCCGACGUAAAACCCGUAGAAGACUUCAACCUUGCAGCUUUCGCAAGAGGCAAAUGGUAUGAACUAGCACGGUACCCUAAUUCUAUUGAAGAUGGCGCCAACUGUGGCUGGGCUGACUACGUCCUGAGCGGUGAUGUCUUCUCCGUCAAGAACUUCGACAUUUCCAAGGGCAAGCUUCGUACUAUUGAAGGAUCUGCUUGUCUGGCUGAAGAUGCAGGGAAGACCGGCAAACUGACCUUCAGCUACCCGUAUGGAGUUGCCGGAGCCACCACCAAAAACACAUUGUGGGUCCUCGGCACUGAUUACGACAAUUACGCCGUUGUCUACUACUGCAAAUACAACGAGGAGAAGAAGACCCGCCAAGAUUUCAACUGGGUGUUCUCCCGCCAACACUCCUUUACGGACAGUACCAGGGCGGCUGUUGACAAGAUUCUUAAGGACACCAGCUUCCUCGACAGCAGCAAACUGAUCUGGCCCGACUUCUCCGACGAGGCCUGCACGCACGACGAGGCUAAGCAAUAAGGACAUUGAUCCAAACAGCGUCAGAAUUUGUUAGAAAACUCUCCUCCUCUCUGCUCCUUCGGUUUAUACCAUGAACUGUUAGUAGCACUGAUA